UCCAAGCAUCUCGGCCACUCAGAUCCAAUCUCAAGCAUGUCACAACUGACUGCCCUUUCCUUCUUACUACUCCUCUGCAUCUUCUGCUUCGCCGGCACGGCCAAGUCUACCACCGUUGGCAAAAGUUCAACUUCACUUGGAUACAUCAAGACCUCAUGUAGCGCUACUCGCUACCCAACUCUAUGUGUAAAGUCCCUUUCAAUUUAUGCCAACAAAAUCCAGCAAAACCCACAACAAUUGGCGGAGGCGGCACUGACAGUGAGCCUCAACAAGGCCCGAUCUGCCGCUGCGUACGUGUCGAAGAUGACUCGAGUGAAGGGUUUGAAGGGCAGGCAACGCCAAGCUGUGAAGGAUUGUGUGGAUAACAUGGGAGACACUGUGGAUCGCCUCAGCCGUUCCAUGAAAGAGAUGGGUCAGACGGGUCGAUCGAGUGAUUUCUCAUGGCACAUGAGCAAUAUUCAGACUUGGGUUAGUGCUGCUCUGACCGAUGAGAACACCUGCUCCGAUGGGUUUGCAGGGCAUGGCAUGGAUGGGAAUGUUAAGACUGCUAUUAGAGCCAGAAUCCUCAACGUCGCUCAAGUCACUAGCAACGCAUUGGCCUUGAUCAAUCGAUUCGCUUCCAAGCACCGAGCCUGAGUGCUUGACGCUGAGAAGCCAUAGCUUCAAAGUAUGUUCUAGGAGUUGUGAGUCUAGGCUUAAUCUUAGUUCUGGUUUGGUUUUUGGUCUUUUAUUACUGUUUGGUAUGGAUGCUUUAAGUAUCUCUAAAGUGAGUGUAUAUGUAAGCAAAUGUGACCUGUAUAUGUUAAAUAUAAUGCUUUUGAUCAAGCUUUUAGCUA